GAUAAUCCAGAACGUUGGAUAAGUGAGACUCUACUGUACAUGGAGUUACACACAAUGCAUUUCUAACGAAUGCAACAUUGUUUGACUGACAAAAGUUUAACCCAUGGCUCACCUUCUACAAUGUCUGAGAGUAAGACUUAUAUAAUUAGGCCAUUUUUGACAUUUUUUGGUAUGUUUUUUCUUAAAGUGUCUCCAUGUAGCCCAUUGAAGUCCAUGGAAGGACAGUAAUGAUAGCAAUGAAGGUGCUUCUCCCUGGCUUAAACAUUUCCUAGUAGUUACUUAUAGGCAAAGCCUGGACAGCUGACAGACAUAAUAACUAACUUGUACAGCCCAUUCUAAAAAAUAUUUAAAAGUAAUGCUAACUAUGUAUUGUCAAAGGUUUUCACGGCCAAUAUUACUGGGGUAUUGUGUGGUUUCAGGGCUGUGUAAUUGUGUUCUAGCAACAUUUUCUCUUGACAUUUCACCUGCAUCUAUGGCUGGCGUCUUCAGACGAUCCUUGGAACCUCCCUCUGAGCCUGAAAUUGCACACAAAUGAAUCUCCAAAGGUCUACUAAUGUGGUAUACCAGGCUCAUCACGUUAGCAGAAGUAAGAGAGGACAAGUUGUGGGAACAAGAGGUGGAUUUCGUGGCUGUACAGUAUGGCUUACAGGUCUUUCUGGUGCUGGUAAGACAACCAUUGGGUUUGCACUUGAAGAAUACCUUAUGACUCAUGGCAUCCCGUGUUAUUCUCUUGAUGGAGAUAACAUCCGUCAUGGUCUCAACAAAAAUCUAGGGUUCUCUGCUGAUGACCGAGAAGAAAAUAUCCGCCGCAUUGCUGAGGUGGCCAAGCUGUUUGCUGAUGCUGGCUUAGUUUGCAUAACUAGCUUCAUUUCUCCUUUUUCAAAGGAUCGCCAGAAUGCACGUAAGAUUCAUGAAAUUGCUGGACUCCCUUUCUUUGAAAUCUUUGUAGAUGCCCCUCUGAAUAUCUGUGAGAGCAGAGACGUGAAAGGCCUUUACAAAAAAGCACGUGCUGGAGAAAUCAAAGGAUUCACUGGAAUUGACUCAGACUAUGAGAAACCAGAAGCACCUGAACUUGUUUUGAAAACCAACAUUUCUUCGGUGACUGACUGCAUCCUCACCAUUGUGGAGCUCUUGCAAGAGCAGAGCAUUGUUCCACCAACAGCCAUCAAGGAAGUCCUUGAACUGUUUAUGCCUGAAAAUAAAAUAGAACAAGCUCGAGCUGAAGCCAAUACACUGCCUUCUGUAAAGAUAACCAAGCUGGAUCUACAGUGGGUUCAAGUCCUGAGUGAAGGUUGGGCCACCCCACUCAAAGGCUUUAUGCGGGAGAAAGAAUACUUACAAGUUAUCCAUUUUGGGACCUUGCUUGAUGGAAGGGGUAGAGUUGAUAUAGCCGCGCUUGAUGGUGUUAUUAACCUGAGCAUUCCCAUCGUACUUCCGAUAUCUUCGGAAGACAAGAAACGACUAGAAGGCUGCAGUGCAUUUACCUUGGAGUACAAUGGGCGGAGGGUAGCAAUACUCAAAAACCCAGAAUUUUUUGAGCACAGGAAGGAAGAACGUUGUGCACGUGUUUGGGGGACCACAUGUGCAAAGCACCCACAUGUGAAAAUGGUGAUGGAAAGUGGAGAUUGGUUGGCUGGUGGAGAUCUCUAUGUGCUCGAAAGAAUAAAAUGGAAUGAUGGACUGGACCAGUACCGCUUGACACCCUUGGAGCUGCGGCAGAAGUUUAGAGAAAUGAAUGCUGAUGCAGUAUUUGCAUUCCAGCUUCGUAAUCCUGUACACAAUGGACAUGCCUUGUUGAUGCAGGAUACCAAACGUCGCCUUCUAGAACGAGGCUACAAGCAUCCUGUGCUGCUCCUGCAUCCUCUCGGUGGGUGGACCAAAGACGAUGAUGUGCCUCUUGAUUGGCGCAUGAAACAACAUGCUGCUGUGCUGGAAGAGCAAGUGUUGGAUCCAAAAUCCACAGUUGUUGCAAUUUUCCCUUCUCCCAUGCUGUAUGCUGGACCAACAGAGGUCCAGUGGCACUGCAGAGCCCGAAUGAUCGCUGGAGCCAACUUCUACAUUGUGGGCCGAGAUCCAGCUGGGAUGCCUCACCCAGAGACCAAGAAAGACCUGUAUGAACCCACACAAGGUGGAAAGGUGCUGAGCAUGGCUCCUGGAUUGACCUCUGUGGAAAUCAUUCCCUUCCGAGUAGCUGCGUACAACAAAGUACAGAAGGCAAUGGUUUUCUACGAUCCAGACAGGCACAAUGAAUUUGACUUCAUUUCUGGCACCCGCAUGAGGAAGUUGGCCCGUGAUGGUGAAAACCCUCCUGAUGGAUUCAUGGCUCCAAAAGCAUGGAAGGUGUUGACAGAAUAUUACACAUCCCUGGGAAAAAAUAAUUAAUUUUUGUUUUUACCAAAGAGUGCCUUUUUUUUAAAUGACCCCCCUUCUGUUUGAUUUAUGUGCUAUUAUAUUUCAUCUACAUUGAUUUGUUUUCCCUACUGUAUUUUGUGGGCAUUUUCUUUAUGAAGUAAAUAGUUCAACUGUUUUCCAUUCAGAAUUCACUAGAGUUUUCUACACAUUUCAGAAAAAGAGGCACAAAAGGGAUUUGAUUGUACAUAGACCAAUAUAGAUUUAGUUUACAGGAGUGAAAAGCCAUAUUCUGAUUUGUCAAGAGCCUUUGGGAACUGGGGUAUCUCAAUUAUGCAGUAGAAAACUAUCUGUUAGCUUUGAUGCUCUUCAUUGGCUUUUUUGUGUCAGGAGUAACUUGAAAAACUGCCUCAAGUGCUUCUGGUGUGAGAGAAUUGGCUAUCUGCAAGGACGUUGCCCAGGGAACGCCCAGAUGUUUUACCAUCCUGUGGGAGGCUUCUCUCAUGUGCCUGCAUGGGAAACUGGAGCUGACAGAUGGAAGCUCACCCCACUCUCUGCAUUCGAACCACCGACCUUUUGGUCAGCAGUCCUGCCAGCACAAGGGUUUAACCCAUUGCACCACAGGCUGCAAAGGACAAACAAGCCAGACAUAAUGGCUGGUGCUGAAUUCUCUCUUUUCAUUUUGCGAAACAGCACAGCUUUUUACUUCCCUUCCUGAGUAUUUCAUGAUACCAGCAUGUUUUAUUUGGAUUUUCCAUAUAAAGAUUAUUAUUAGGGAUUGGUAUCCCAAGUCAUUGGGGCACCUCCUUAAGGGUAAUAAUUCUCAAUAUUCCACUGUUCUUUCACUGUUGUUUUAGGGCACAUAAAGGCUUACAGGUUGAGCAUUCUUUAUCUGGAAUUCCAAAAUCAUCCAUAUUGGUGGCUCUGAUAGUGCUUUCUCAUGUUUCAACAUAUGCAAACUUUGUUUCAUGCCCAAAAUAUUAAAAUAUUGUGUAUUACAAUUAUCUUCAGGCUAUGGGUCUAAGGUGUGUAUGACAUAUCAAUUUUUUAAAAUCGUGUCAGAAGCGAUUUGAGGUAGGUUGCUUCUGGUGUGAAAGAAUUGGCCGUCUUCAAAGAUGUUGCCCAGGGGAUGCCCGGAUGUGUUACCAUCCUAUGGGAGGCUUCUCUCAUGUCCCUGCAUGGGAAGCUAGAGUUGACAGAGUGCUUACCCCUUAUUGCGGAUUCGAACCGUCAACCUUUAGGUCAGCAGUUCAGCUGGCACAAGGGUUUAACCCAGGUUUCCCCAAACUAAGGCCCGUGGGCUUUCCAAGAUCAUUUACCUGCCCCUGUCCUAAACUUUAAACUUAGGGUUGACCUAAGUCUGAAACGACUUGAAGGCACACCACAACAAUCCUAAUUUUGGACUAUUUCAUUAUAGUCUGCCCCCCCCAACAGUCUGAGGGACCGUGAACCGGCCCUCCACUUAAAAAUUUUGAGGACCCCUGGUUUAACCCAUUGCGCCACCAUGGCUCCUGACAUAUCAGUGAAUAUCCUGUUCAGGCUUGGGUUCUAUCCCCAAGAUAUCUCCUUAAGUACAGUAGAGUCUCACUUAUCCAACAUAAACGGGCCGGCAGAACGUUGAAUAAGCAAAUAUGUUGGAUAAUAAGUAGAGAUUAAGGAGAAGCCUAUUAAACAUCAAAUUAGGUUAUGAUUUUACAAAUUAAGCACCAAAACAUCAUGUUAUACAACAAAUUUGACAGAAAAAGUAGUUCAAUAUGCAGUAAUGCUACGUAGUAAUUACUGUAUUUAUGAAUUUAGCACCAAAAUAUCUUUAUGUAUUGAAAACAUUGACUACAAAAAUGCAUUGGCUAAUCCAGAACAUUGCAUAAGCGAAUGUUGGACAAGUGAGACUCUACUGUAUAUGCAAUGAUUCAGAAAUCUGGAGGAAAAAAACCCCUAAAAUAUGGAACACUUCUGAUCUCAAGCAUUUUGAAUUAGGAAUACCCAAUCUGUAUGCUUUUGGGUUUUUUCUGCCUUUGGCAGAGACACAAGUGGUAUUCUCUCCAAAUCAAAUUGCACAGGCCUCUACGCCAAGUAUUUUCCCACCUGAGGUGGAAAACCCUUAAGAAUCUCUUCCCCAAUUCGUAAAACAAAAUUGGAUUGUGUUGUUCAUUUGUCUAAGCCAGUGGUUCUCAACCUGUGGGCCCCGGGUGUUUUGGCUUACAACUCCCAGAAAUCCCAGCCAGUUUACCAGCUGUUAGGAUUUCUGAGAGUUGAAGGCCAAAACAUCUGGGGACCCACAGGUUGAGAACCACUGGUCUAAGAACUGGCACAAAAUCCAAAUUGCAAGUUUCAAAAAAUAAACCAGAAUUGCCUCCCCCCCCCCCAUGCAAACGAAUACAAAUAAUUUGCAAAGACUGUGAAAUGAUUGCCAUGUUUUGUGUAGCAAUUGUUCAACCGUGAGAGUUUCAUGGUCUAAACAAUUAUAGUUCUGAAUGCUUAAAUGUUAUCCCCUUGUAGAGCUUUUUAAUCCUUAGAACAAAAGAACUAAAAACGUGUCUUACUACACUUUGUGUAAAUCAAAUGCAGCCUUUGGACAAAUCAUCCUAGGCUUGCGACCUGCACUCUGUACUUACAUGGGAGCCACACUGCACUUAAAGGUAUUGCACACCGACAGUGCCGGGUAGAUGGUUCCCAUUGCAAUAUUGCUAGCUAAUGUAUAUUGACAACAGUGCCUUUUAUAACCAAGCCCUCUGGAAGGGACCUUGAAGACCAAUGUAAUCUUGCCAUUUUUAAUUUAAUUGAAUUUUUAAAUAGCGCUGAUAUAUUUUCUUUUUUUAAUCUGAUACUAUGUUCAUGAUCAUGUCCAAAUACACGUGUUGUACUAUUCCUUUUAAAUUUUAAAGCCUGUAACAUUUUAUAGCAUAUUUAUUACAGACAUCAGACUGGAAAUGUAUGCCUUUGCUGAUACUGCUCUGGAGUAAAAUAUCUUCUGAAUUUGGUCUUCUUUUAAUAAAAUUCACUUUUAGCAUCGAUAAAUAA